UUGGGGCUGGGCUCUGACUGGGGGUCCCCUCUCUCUUUUGGGGGUGGGGUCUCUCCGCCCCCCCCGAGGCUCUCCCACCCGUCUGUCCCCCCCCUCCCAUCCCAGCCCUGCAAUGUGGGCGGGUCAGGGCUAUGCUAAUGAGGCAGCAAUCCCCGCCCCCUGUGGUUGCCAUGGUGACCGUCGCGGGGAACUCGGCGGGGACACGACGAGACCAUGAAUAUGCAAUUAAGGGGCGGAGCCCGCCGGCUAAAGCCACGGGUAAUUACGCCCUCAUUUGCAUACGGGACGCCGGGGCCCCACCGUGGCCUUGGGCUCUGCCCCCUACCCAGGGCCUGGGGGGGCUCGGGGGGGGCACCUGUGUCCAUUCCCAAACUGGGGGGGCUGCAGACCCCGGACCCCCCCCCCCACACACACCUGUGUCCAUUCCCAAACUGGGGGGGCUGCAAAUCCCGAACCCCCACCUGUGUUCUCUCCAUGGUGGGGGGGCCGCAAACCUCGCCUCCACCCCACACCUGUGUCCCUUCCCAUGGCUGGGGUGGCUGCACACCUUGCCCCCCCCUAACCUGUGUGCCUUCCCAUGGUGGGGGGGGGGGGCUGCAAACCUCGCCCCCACAUCUGUGUCCCUUCCCAAAAUGGUGGGGGCUGUGUCCCUUUCUUGGUGGGGGGCUGCAAACCCCGGACCCCCCCCCCAACCUGUGUCCAUUCCAUGGUGGGGGGGCUGCAGACGUGGGAUUCCCCCCCCCCAACCUCUGUUCCCUCCGUGGUGGGGGGCUGCAAACCUUGGACUCCCUCACAACGGAAGGGGGGUCCCGGUUCCCGCGCCCCCACCCCACACCUGCGUCCCCUCCCAUGGCAGGGGGGGCUGUAAACCCCAGACCCCCUCCCCAUCCACGUCCUCUCCCGCUGAGCCUCCGCACACCUGCGUCCCCUCCCAAAAUGGGGGGGGCUGUGUCCCUCCCAUGGCUGGGGGGGCUGCAAACCCCAGACCCCCUCCCCAUCCCCCGUCCUCUCCCGCGCAGCCUCCGCACACCUGCGUCCCCUCCCACGGCUGGGGGGGCUGCAAACCUCGCCCCCACCCCACACCUGCGUCCCCUCCCAUGGCGGGGGGGGCUGCAAACCUCGCCCCCACCCCACAUCUGCAUCCAUUCCCAUGGCGGGGGGGCUGCAAACCUCGCUCCCACCCCACACCUGCGUCCCCUCCCAUGGCGGGGGGGGCUGCAAACCUCGCCCCCACCCCACACCUGCGUCCCCUCCCAGGUGCGCGCCGCCCCCCGGCCUUGGCCCGGGCUAUAAGCGCCCCGCCGAGCCCCGGCUGGGCCCGGGCAGGUGCCAGCCAUGGCGUGGGCGCUGGUGACGAUGCUGGCCGUGCUGGCGGCCGCGCUGGCACGGGGGGCAGAGGCGCAGUGCCCCGCGGCCGCCGACCUGCGCCCCGCCAACGGCACGCGGCUGUGCGCGCUGCUCUACGCCGACAACAGCCCCUACUACGAGCAGUGCUGCGCCGGGGACGCGCUGCCGGUGCUGCCGGGCAGCGACGUGCCCUACAUGCCCCACGGCUGGGCCGGCCGCGUCUCCUCGCUGGUGGUGGGCACCCGCUGCGAGCUGACCGUGUGGUCGCGCCGCGCCAAGCGGGGCAGCACGCGGCGCUUCGGCGCGGGCGCGGUGCCGCGGCUGCAGGAGGUGCGGCGCGGGCUCUUCGGGGACUGGAACGACGCCAUCCGCGCCUUCUACUGCACCUGCAAGUGAGCGGCGGCGCGGGGCCGGGGCGGCGGUGCUGGCACGGGGGCACGCCGGGCAGCGGGAGGUGACAACGCGGGUCAGGAU